CUUUCCUUCACCCUUUUGUUUCCUCUUGUAAAUGUACCGUCUCAAUUCGUGUAUCAGGAACUUUAGAGGGAAGCCGCAAAUGAGCCUAGUGAACCUAUUUUCAACCGACGAAGCCGCGAGCUUCGCCAAAACCAAGCUGCGCCCACAGACAGCCGCCGCACAGUGGACCAACGCGCUGCACUUUGAGCACACAUUCACGCAGGACCUGCCCGGCGACCCCGUGGUGCCUAGGUCGCCAUACGACCAAAGCACAGACGAAAUAGAUGUGCCCGAGGCCAAAUUCCGCGCCUCGCGCAAAGUCACCGGGGCGCUCUACAGCUGGGCGGUGCCCAGCCACCACGACUCUCCGCAGCUGAUCAGCGUCAGCCCAGCAGGCGCCCAGUUGCUUGGGUUGGAGAAGCAGCGGUUUCUGGAUGACCCGCAGGCAGCGGCAAAUGUGUGGAGCGGCAAUGAGAUGCUAAGCGGGGCACGGCCCUGGGCGCACUGCUAUGGCGGGCACCAGUUUGGCGUGUGGGCGGAGCAGCUGGGCGACGGCCGGGCAAUCUCCCUGGGCGAAGUGGUCCAGAAUGGCCGCUGGGAGGUGCAGCUCAAGGGAGCGGGGCGCACGCCAUACUCGAGGUUCGCCGAUGGAUAUGCGGUCAGGCGGUCGAGCAUCCGCGAGUACCUGGCAGCCGAGCAUAUGGCGGCGCUGGGCGUCCCGACGUCACGCUCCCUGGCGCUAGUGUUUACCGAGCGGGCCGUGGUGCGCGAGGAGAUGGAGCGCGGCGCAAUUGUCACCCGUCUGGCGCCAUCCUGGGUUCGGUUCGGCUCGUUUGAGCUGCCGGCGUCGCGGCAGGACGCGAGGCUUGUGCGGAAGCUCGCAGACUAUGUUAUUGCCAGGCAUUUCCCCGAGCUGACCGCACAGGAGACCGCAGAGAAGAACCGGUACGCACUGCUACUGCAUCAGAUCAUGCUGCGGACGGCGUUGAUGGCGGCACACUGGCAGGCAGUCGGGUUCUGCCACGGCGUGAUGAACACCGACAAUAUGUCGGUGCUGGGCCUGACCAUCGACUACGGGCCAUAUGCGUUCCUGGACGCGUACAACCCAGACUUUAUCUGCAACCACUCGGACCCCACCGGCCGCUAUGCCUUCAAGGAGCAGCCGCGCGUGGCACUGUGGAACCUGCUGCGCCUGGCCGGCCCCCUCUCGGUGCUUAUUGACGAGGGCCAGGCAGUGCCUGAGACCAGCGCCCACAUGAACGACGUCAAGGACACGACCAUUGCGCUGGUCAAGGAUUCGCUCAACAGCUUUGCCGGCGAGUAUGCAAGCCAGUAUGCGAUGCUGAUGCGCAGGAAAUUCGGCCUGGCCAACAAGAGCAGCGAGGAUGACCUGAAGCUCGUCAUCCAGCCGUUCUUGGAUCUGCUGGAGACAGCCAGCACCGACUACACCUUUGCAAUGCGCUCGCUCUGCGACAUCCCGCCCAUCCUGGUCUCUGCUGAGCGCGAUUCUUUGCUCGAUGCCCAUGUCGACUCGCUCGUUGCUCGCUCCUUGACAUGCGAUGCCGACAAGUGGAAGGACAAGCUCAAGCAGUACUACCUGCAUGUGUAUCUGCCCCGGCUGCAGGACGAUGUGGGCGAGCUCACCCAGGAGUCAGCCGGCCUUGUCGGCCAGGCGAUGAAGCGCCAGAACCCGAAAUUCGUGCUGCGCAACUGGGUCGCCCAGGACGUAAUCGACAAGACCGAGCAGGGCAACACCGAGAUUGUCGACCAAGUGCUCGACCUGAUGACGAUGCACGCCUUUGAUGAUGAUGUCCCCCAUGUGCCCGAUGCUGAACGCUAUGCCGGGCCCGUCCCAAACUGGGGCGAGGGCGAAGUCUGUGCAGACUCGUUCGACUGUGCGGCGUUCCAGCUGAGUCGCCGGUGGAAGUCGGCUGCGACAAACGCGACACAUGGUGACGAUGCUGACCUCGAUCAGUCCUGGUGCGCCCCACAGUACUGCACAUUGGAAUCGACCUGCGGCGGCGCAUGGACGCUCCCCGACGCACCUGCCGAUUCACCCCCUGGUGCCCAGUGCGCAUUGUCGAGUGGAUCGGUGGAUACCUGCGGCAGCGGCUUUGCCUGUCUAACCAACAGCGAGGGCAGCCAGAUUCCCGAGCGCGGCGUGCCAGCGCGGCAAAAGGAUAUCGUGGUGGAUGCCCGGUCGUCAGUACAUGCCAUGUCGCAGGAGGAGUCUGGGUUUGGCAAAUGCAUCAGCCAGGAAUCGCACCAGCAGAUCUGGAUCGGCGUGCUCUUGGUGCUGGUCGGCGGUGCCACCUUGAAUGUAGGGCUGAAUCUGCAAAAGUACGCCUUCCGCAAGCGGGCAGAGAAGAUGAAGGCUGACGAGGCUGCGAUUGAGGCUGCCAAGGCCAAGGCAAAGACUGUUUCGCCCUCAGCCCCUAGCCAGGUGUUCUUUUACUCGACUGGAGCGAUUAACGGUAGGACGGCGGACAAGCAGUCUGCAAUGCUCAGCAUGGACAACCCGGCAAAGAACGCGGCGUUGUCAGCCAUCUUCCCGCGCUCGCCAUCUAUUGGCAACAGCUAUGGCCGAGGGAUGGCCGAUCACGGCCUGGGCAUUCGCAAGACACAGACGGCGCAUGGGCGCAUAUCGGAGAUAUUUGAGCUCCAAAACGUCCAGCUGCAGCAGCCAAUCGAGCCGAUUCCAAGCCGGCUGUCUGUCAGCCUUGCCGACACCGCCUUUGGCAGCCCCAUAUGGACCAUCGGGCUUGUAAUCUUCAUCCUUGGCAACGUGAUCAACUUUAUCGCCCUGCAGUUUGCCCCGCAGUCGCUGGUCGCUCCCCUGGGGGCCGUUGCGCUUGUCACCAACGUCAUCAUCGCGCCCCUGCUGAACCACGAGAAGAUAGGGUUCUACGACAUUGGCGGGAUUCUUCUCAUUAUAAUUGGCUGUGUUGUCGUCGUCGUAUUCAGCGGAAUUGUCCAGCAGGACUACCGGCUCUGUGUCCUUAUCCAGCUGCUCAAGGCAAAGUCGACAGUCAUCUACCUCUGCCUCAUCUUUGCUGCCAUCAUCGCCGUGUACUUGUUCCUUCGCGUUGUCGAGAAAGGGACCGAGCGCUAUAAUCUCGAAAACAUCCAGCUUUCCGACGAUGACAUGUUUAAGGCGAGCAAUGCUGAGGUCGAUAAUGGCAGUCAGGCUGUUGCCGGUGCGCAAACUCCGCGACACGGGCGGUCAGUGAGCGAGGAGAUUGAUGAGAUUGACGACUCGUUGUCAACAAUGGAGUUACUUGGAGAGCUCGAGUUCACUCAGUCUCCACUCAUGAGCGAUGCCAACAAUUGGGCUACGCUGCGCGAGCCGACCUCUCUGCAGAAGUCGACGCCUGGUUUUACCGAGGUUGCCCAGGACGCAACACUACAUGGUGGUGGUACUAAAGUCCAGAAAGCACCGGUUUCGCGAGCAGGGAAUGCGCCGGCAGCCAAAAAAUCGCUGAUCUCCCGUGCAUCUGCAUUGCUCAUGGUGUGCCAUCCUCUGGCGCCGCUGGACAAGCACAUUCCACCUAUUCACCCGGACUCGCGCAAGGUCAAGUACGGCCUGCCCCUUGCAUACGCUAGCCUGGGAUCGUUGAUGGCGUCACUGACCACGCUAUUUGCCAAAUCACUGGUCAACCUGCUCUCAGUGUCGUUCUUUGAGCACGACAACCAGUUCACAAGCUUCAUAUCCUGGGUCAUCCUGAUGGUCACUGCCUUCACUGCAGCGUCGCAGGUGUACUGGAUAAACCAGGGCUUGUUGCGCUACGACGCCCUGCUCCAAGUGCCCGUGUUUUACGUCGUGUGGACUGUGCUGGAUAUUGUUGGCGGCGGUGUCUAUUUUAAUGAGUUCAAACUCUUCACAACUGUAAAGUAUGCCCUGUUUGCUGUUGGAGCCAAGUCUGCUGCUGCUGCUACCAAGGAAGGACAUCUGUCGCGCAACGGCGCUGAUCCGCGCGGCCUCGCCAAGAAGGACGGCGCCGGCAAGCACAACUGGGGUCGGGAGGACGCUUUCGACGCUGCAGAGCAGGACGUCCUGGGCACGUCGCCAGUCUCGCAGCCCAAGAUCCAGACCAUGAGCGCCGAGCAGUUUGAGGCGAUCAAGAGCGGCAAGAAAUAGCCGCCUACAACCCUCUAACCCCUGUUGUACUUUUCAGUGAAUCCCAAUACAAAAUGCUUCAGUUCUCAAAGGGCAGUGACAGUGAUGCUGAGCGAGGAAAAGUAGUAGUGGCGUAUAUAAACGCAGUUGCAGUUGCGGUACACGCAUUCCUUUGCCUUUGGUAAAUCGUCGUAUCUUGCCUAGCAGUUUCGCUGGUACAAAAAAGUUGAUACAGCAGCGGUCUGACCAGGCUGCCUUGGCAUGCUUUGGGUCAAGAUGGCGUAGUUGAAGAUUUCCUGGGCCACCCUGUUGUGGUGCCAAAUAGACAGCAGGUGAAUUGGCAGACACUUACGCGUCCCGCGAUGACAACGCGGCGCCUAGCACACAGCCUGUGGUUGCCUUUUGGGUCGUCUUUGUCC